AUGGAAUACUUCAAGGAGAGGCAGUUGACGAGUGAGGCAAUUCAAAAACUGUGCCCACCUUCAUGUCUGCAUAACAUCAUAAUGAGUCUUGAUGGUAUGAGGAAAGAGGACGUACAAUCGGAAAGGAUAUUCAAGGAGUUUGACACUCCAAUCACCAUGGAACACCUUGAUACGGCAAUCUCUCUAGCCAAUAAGAAUUCCGCCCCAGGACUGGAUAGAAUCAGUAACAACAUGCUUGAUUAUCUUCUGCAUAAUUAUAGAGAGUUAUUAGUUAACCUUUUCAACAGUUUCCUUCAAGAGAGAGUCAUCCCCACCGAAUGGAGAUCCUCUUUGGUAAUCUUCAUACCCAAAGCCGGAAAUUCUGGAUUGAGGCCUAUCUCUCUUUUAUCGUGCAUACUUAAACUAUUUGAAAGAAUUAUAUACUGGAGACUAGUAUGGCUGAUUGAAUCACAAUCACUUCUCCCCAAUAAGCAAAUGGGUUUUCGUUCCAGCAGAUCAUGCAACGAUAGCCUUACGUUUACGAACCAGAUUCUUACAGCUGUAUCAAGUGACGAAUCUUUUGUUGCAGUCUUUCUGGAUAUCACAGUUGCAUUCGACAAUAUUUUGCCCUCCGCUGUGCUUAAUGAACUAAAAGAUGCUGGCGUGCCGGCUACCGUUAGAAAAUUCAUAGAAAAUCUCAUCGUUGAGAGAUCGGUGCAGUUCUUGGAACAAGGAAAUCUGGGCGAAAAACGGUUGUCAUAUAAAGGUACUCCGCAGGACUCAGUGCUGAGCCCUUUGCUUUUCAAUAUCGCCCUCUGCAAGAUUGGAUCCUGCAUGUCCAGAAAUGUACAAUUUCUGCAGUAUGCCGACGAUAUCGUGAUAUUUACUUCUCAUCGUAAUCCCGAGACGGCAGUUGACAGGAUUCAGGCAACCUUAAAUCAGAUUUCGAAUUACGUUGGGACCAAAGGCUUAUCCCUCUCCCCCUCCAAAUCAAGCUGGAUGAUUUUUGCGACCUCUAAGGCGGUGCCCGCACCAGAUUGUUCUCUCUCUAUAGACAAUCUCCUCAUUCCCAGAGUGGAAAAGGUCAAAUUCCUAGGAGUAAUACUGGAUCGCAAAUUGAAGGGUAAUCUUCAUCUGGAAUAUCUUGUGAAGAAAGGAAGGGCUCUAGUCAACAUCAUCUCAACUCUCACGGCUGUAUGGUGGGGAUCUCAUCCCCACUGUUUACUUACUAUAUACCGAUCAGUUUUUAGGGGAGCUAUAGAAUAUGCCUUUUCAAUUUUCACAUGGAAAAAUAAUGCAAGAAUUUUCCGUCAGCUUGAAAGGUUACAGUAUAGGGCCAUCAGGACGUCCAUGGGAUAUCGUUUAUCUACUCCUAUCAACGUCAUGCUGUGCGAGGCGAGAGAAUAUCCCUUAAGAUUGAGAUUUAACCUUCUCAGUGAGAGGUUCGUCAUUAAAUGCAUGUCUAAAAGGAAUCAUCCGGUUAUAAGCAGCAUCGAAUCAUUGGAAUAUGGUCUCAGCACCCCUGCGCAGAAGGCCCAGGCCCUGGCAAAAUCUUCCUCGCUGAGAUGUUUUAUUAUUAACAAACAUGAUUUCUCUCAUCUGAAGAGUUCAUACCUUAUUCCUGCAUUCGAGAAUGCUUUGAAUAGCUUGAACGCUUUCACUUUACGUAAACACUUUGAAUCUUUCAUCUCCUGCACUAAAGAAUCCAGCGAUAAUGAAAUUAUUCAGUCUUUUAGCAGCAGGCUACAGGAAUUAGACCCAUCCGGCCUCACCGUCUACACUGAUGGAUCAAAGCUAUCGGAGGAUGGAUGUGCGGGCGCGGCUUUUUUUUCGCCGGAACUUGGUUAUUGCUUCAAAUACAAGUUAAUUUGCAGCGCCUCAGUGUUUACUGCGGAAGCUUGGGCAAUAUAUCAAGCCCUAAUUUUGACGCUAGAUGCGGGUUAUUUUAAGAUUUAUAUUUUUUCAGAUUCCCGCAGUGUACUACAAGCCAUCUCGUCUUACAGAUUGAUUAAUGGUAAUUACAUUAUCCAAAAAAUAAAGCAAGUUCUGCUUCAAUUGGAGCAUAAUAAUAUUGACUGCUCCCUCUUUUGGAUCCCUUCGCAUAAAGGCAUCUUAGGCAACGAGCUGGCUAAUAGGGCGGCCAAAGAGGCAUGUAUAGAUGGAGCUAGAGGUUUUUUCCGUACCCCCUACUCAGAUCUUCAGAUUCAGGCAGUAGCAAAGGCUCGCGUUCGUUUCACGGAUUAUUUAAACGACAAGGCUAAUCACACCGGAGCUAUGACUGCUAAACCCUGUAUCUCUAAUAAAGCUGCGAUCUCACGGAGAUAUGCAUAUUUAGAUAUUUCUCCCACUCCCAUCAAUAUAGCUGAAAACAGAGCGCUUUCUCGAUAUCCAGAUGUGAUAUCCGAUAGUUCGAUUUAUCGAACUAUGAGAUAUUACAUUGGAUACGCGACGACCAGCGAAGAUUCAAAAUGCAAGAUAACAGAGAAUCUAGCGAG